UUUUUGUUGAUCAAAAUCUAAAAUGCUUGUCUCUUAUUAUAUAUGCAUAUAUAAUAGUACACAUAAACAAAUUAAACGAAUUGUUUUAAACAAUUAAAUGGAAAUUUUGAUCGAUGAAGCAUUAAGGAAUAUAUAAAUAAUAAGAUCAAUAUUUAAGAAAGGUGUCAGCGGCACGGCGGCUUUGAUUUUAAAAAUUUCUGCUGUCACGGCGGCGGCUUUAAUUCUUUUUUGGUUGAUCGGUAGCGACGACAGCUGUUUUAAUUCUUUUUAGUUUAACCGCACGGCUAACACUUCUAGUUAUAGACUAACGAUACAAACGACGAGCGAAUAUAAUAUCAGAUACUGAUCUCAAAAGAAUUUUGACUUACUCAAUCGUGAGAAUCUUGCAUUCAUUCUUUUCUUGGAAAGAAAAAUAGUCAGAUAUGAAGGAAUCAAGUAUUAUAAAGUUUAAUUAUUUCCUUAUAGUGAAUCUGCAUUAAUCAAGAAAUUCUAAAUUAAAUUGAUUUAAGAAUGAUUUGUUCUUAUUAAAAAAACAGGUUGAAGACAUUGAAUAAAAUCAUUUAUUUUUAGAAUUCUGCAAAAGCAACAUCAAAAACAGAAUCAUCUUCAGUUAUUCAAACAACCGAGUCAUCGUCAGUUAUUAAGAAAAAUGGAUCACCUUCAGUUAUUAAAAAAACUCAAACAUCUAUAUCAUCUUUUCUCAAUGCUAAAUUCGAACCUAAAACAAUUUCUCCUUCUACCAAUAAACUUCAAACAUCUAUAUCAUCUUUUUUCGAUACUAAAUCUGAACCUAAAACAACUUCUCCUCCUAUCAAUAAAUUUCGAACAUCAAUAACAUCAGCAUCACCAUCUCUUCCAAAAAAAAUAGAAGCCGCCUCUUCUUCAUCUCUGUGUCCAUUAUGUACUCAACCUUAUGAUCCAAUAUCUCGUCGACCCAUCAGUGAAGAUUCAUGUGGUCAUACAAUGUGUUUACAAUGUUUUAUAUUUAAAAAUAAUCAAAAUGGUUGUAUACAAUGUGCAAAAAUAGAAAAAGAGAAUUUUCUAUCUAAAACAACAGUUAAAGAUGAUGAUUUUGCUGAUUUUGAUCAAAAUCAAUUAUUUGAUGAAUGGAAUGAAGAAGAAUCAUUAGAACUAACAAAUAUGGAUACAAUGAAUUCAAUUUAUGAUGAUGAUACUGAAGAAGGUGAUGAAAGUGAUGAAGAAAAUCUUAUUGAUAUUAAACCAAAUCCAUAUAAAGUUCAAUGGUUAUCAGAUAUUAAAGAUGAUGCAGCUGAAUUUUCAAGUGAUCAUACAUAUCCACAUACACAAACAUUGUUCGAAGUCUUUGAUAAUAUAUUUGGUUUAAAACAAUUUCGUUCAAAUCAAUUAGAGGCAAUAAAUGCUGCAUUAUUACAUCAUGAUUGUUUUGUUCUUAUGCCAACUGGUGGAGGAAAAUCUUUAUGUUAUCAAUUACCAGCAGUCAUGGAUAAAGGUGUCACAUUUAUUAUAUCACCAUUACGUUCACUUAUAUAUGAUCAAAAACAAAAAUUAGUAUCAUUAGGUAUCGAGUGUGGAGCUUUAACAAGUGAUGUAUCACAAAGAGAAGUCGAUGAAGUUUAUCGAGAACUUUAUAAACAUACACCAGGAUUAAAAAUUGUUUAUGUUACACCGGAAAAAAUAGCUAAAAGUGAUCAAUUAACUCAAUUACUGAAAAAUUUAUAUGAACGAAAACUUUUAGCAAGAUUUGUUAUCGAUGAAUGUCAUUGUGUGUCCGAAUGGGGUCAUGAUUUUCGUCCUGAUUAUGCAAGUCUUGGUCAAUUACGUGUUAAAUAUCCUGGUAUCAAUGUAAUUUUACUAACAGCAACAGCUACACCACGUGUUCAAAAAGAUAUAUUACAACAAAUGAAAAUUAAUAUAAAUCAAUGUAAAUUAUUUAUACAAUCAUUUAAUCGUUCCAAUUUAAUUUAUGAAUGUGCAUUAAAAGGCACAACAGAUACAGCAUUAAAAAAAGUAGCUAAUUUAAUUAUUAGCCAUUAUAAUGAUAAAUGUGGAAUUGUUUACUGUUUUUCACGUGCUGAAUGUGAUAAAACAGCUAAAUAUUUAUCAGCAUAUAAAAUAAAUGCAUUACCUUAUCAUGCUGGAUUAAGUGAUUCAAAACGACAACUUGUACAAAAUCAAUGGGCAAAUGAUGACUGUCAAGUUAUUUGUGCAACUAUUGCUUUUGGAAUGGGUAUUGAUAAACCAAAUGUUCGUUUUGUUAUUCAUCUUUCUAUGCCAAAAUCGAUUGAAGGAUAUUAUCAAGAAUCAGGUCGAGCUGGACGUGAUGGUGAAAUAUCAUAUUGUUAUCUAUUUUUUUGCUAUCAAGAUUUAGUUAAAAUGAAACGACUUAUUCUAAAUGAUGAUGGUCAGACAUCAACGAAAGAAGCAAAAAAAGUUCGUGUUGAUAAUCUCAAUCGUGUUUAUGAUUAUUGUUUAAAUAAUGUAACCUGUCGACGAACACAAUUAUUGGAAUAUUUUGGUGAAUUAUUUCCAUCAAGUGAAUGUAAACGAAUGAAACGAACUGUAUGUGAUAAUUGUCGACAAGUAUUAAAAACAACAUCAAUUAAUUGUACACAAAUGAGUAUCGAAAUUAUUAAAUUAGUUUCGGAAUUUUCACAUAAAAAUAUUACAUUACCAGCUGCUUUGGAUAUACUUCGUGGUGCGAAUACAAAAGGUAUUCGAGAUGCUGGUCAUAAUAAUCUAGCUGCUUACAAUUCAUGUAAUCAACUGAGUAGAGUUGAUCUUGAACGUCUUGUAUGUCGUUUAAUUCUUGAAGGUUAUCUACUUCAAGAAAUAGUUACACAUCAACAGCAAUCGUUCGAAUCUUCAGCAGCCUAUUUACGUUUAGGUCCUAAAGCUCAUAUGGCUUUAUCAAAUCAAUCGAAUAGAUUCAUGAAUCCAAUUGAAUUAACAAUACGUACAGAACAAUCCAAUAUAACAAAUGAUGAAAAACGUAAACAACAAACACCAGUUGAACAAUUAAAUGAACAGUGUUUAAAGGAACUUAAAAAAGAACUCAAAUCAAUAUUUGGUCAAAAUUCACAUGCAAUGAUUAUUCCUGAACGUGCUAUUAAAGAAAUGGUUAAAUUAAUGCCUCGAACAAAAGAAGCGAUGAUUAAAGAUGUUAAUGAAAUAACUGAAGAACGUUAUAAACGUCAUGAACUUCAUCGUUUAUUAGCUAUAACACAACGUUUUGGUAAAGAACUUGAUGAAAUAAAACGUAAAGAAGAAAAUGCUCGUAAAGCAUUAUUACAAACAACAACAUCAAAACGAAAAUUAACUUUAAGUGAUGAAGAACAAGAAGAUAUUGAUUUUUCAACCGAUGCUGAUGGUUUUAUUAAAGUAAAUAAACAAGGAAAGAAAACAAAUGGUCAUUAUAAUCGAUUUGUUAAAAGUAAAAAACGACCAGCAUCAUUUUUUGCUCGAAAAAAUGCAAUAGCUAAACGAAAACGUGGAGGAUUUUAA